AAAAAACCAUCAGAAAAAAGUUCGCAGGGGAGAGGGCUGCUUUAAACCAAGCCAAGUGUUUCGACAGAGGCGGACAGGCUUGACGGGGUGUUCGCCCCACUUUUUGGACUGCGAUAUGGACGCUUUGAAAUCCGCUGGAAGGGCGAUUAUACGGAGCCCCAGUAUCGCCAAACAGUCGUGGGGCUCGAGCAGACACAAAAAGCUUCCGGAGAAUUGGACGGACACGAGGGAGACCCUUCUGGAGGGGAUGGUGUUCCAGCUCAAGUACUUGGGUGUCACCAUGGUGGAGCAGCCCAAAGGAGAGGAGCUGUCCGCGGCGGCUGUCAAGAGGAUAGUGGCCACGGCCAAAGCUAGCGGGAAAAAACUCCAGAAAGUCACGUUAACGGUGUCCCCUCGCGGAAUCAUCCUUUACGACAGUGCCUCCAACCAGCUGAUAGAAAACAUCUCCAUAUACAGAAUAUCGUAUUGCACGGCUGACAAGAUGCACGACAAAGUGUUUGCCUACAUCGUCCAGAGUCAACACAACGAGACUCUGGAGUGUCAUGCCUUCCUCUGCACUAAGAGAAAAAUGGCGCAGGCGGUAACCCUAACGGUGGCUCAGGCUUUCAGAGUGGCGUUUGAAUUCUGGCAGGCUGCCAAGGAAGAGAAAGAGAAGCGAGUGAAGUCGGGUUCAGACGGAGAAGGAGCCAGCAACUCCCAGUCAGAGAGCUCGGCCAGCCUUGCCAGCCUGAAGGGAGGAGAGGUAGCCACAGGGACGCUUCUGGAUUUGGCAGAGGGGGCCAAUAUGGCGCUGGUCCACUCAGGAACAAAGCAGAGCGAAUCGGAUCCCUUUAUGGUGCAUAAUCACGCUACAGAGAACAACAAUACUGUAUGGGAGUUGGAGGACGGUCUGGACGAGGCUUUCUCAAGACUCGCUGAGUCUCGCACUAACCCCCAGGUCCUGGACAUUGGGGUAAACCCUCAGGACUUGAACACUGAAGAGUGCCUGUCCCCAGGCAAAUGGGACCAAGAGGACACAGACUUCCCCGCACAAAAAGACUCUUUUGGGUUCUAAUGUGAAACCUCCGCCAAGAAGGAGAAAAACAGGGAAAGAUGAGGAGAAACUGUGGGUAAAACAUAAAACAUGGUUGGAGACUGGAGAAGUGGCAAAACAGACAUUUGUUACAUCAGCAAGGUUUCCCACCUUCUCUCUGCUGCCAAGUCCUCUGUGGUGCAGCCUCGUGGCUCUCCGAUGCUUCUGCAUCCACAUGACCAGAGAAGGACAACAUGAGCAGGCUGCUCACAGAACAGGCCAAAGCAAUACAAACCAAUUUAUCCCUUUUCUACAAAGAAAACAUGCAGUCAUUUCAUGUUUGUUACAGUCAGUGUAUUACUUCCUUUUCUGUCUGUUUACCCAUUCACUGUAUGUAAUGUGUUUGUGGUAUGUGCUUUUGUACAUUACGUUAAAGCGCGCGCGCGUGUGUGUGUGUGUGUGUGUGUGUGGAUGUACAAUAUAUAAAUGUACAAAGUGAGAUGUGACAACUAAGACUUGUUAUGUUUGGAACAGUUAUUUUGUGAGGUAAAGGUCAACAAAGGGUGCUGACACAUGUUUUAUUUACUUAGAGAUUUAGAAAUGUAACUGGAUCAGAGGGAAAAGUCACUGGUGAAGGUCACCAAUACACCAGUGUUCAUAUUGGUCAGAAAUGAUAAAGUUACUACCUGUGUGCUUCAAGGCUUCAGCCUCCUGUUGGGCAACAAGAGCUUUAAAAAAAAA